GUAGUUCCAAAAAAUAUCCAUCCCCCCACCCCCACGGAGGGCAACGGAAAUUCCGAGGGGGAGGGGGGGGGUCCAAAAGGAGGCAAUUUCCGAGUGGGAGGGGGGUUGCUUACAGAGGUUUUUUUCCAGGGGGUCUGAGUAAGAUUGGUGAGUUACUGAUAAAUACCAGCUUCUCUGCUGAGCAAGCUUUCAGUUAUUUUACUGUUACCAGUCCUCCAAACAAGUAUUGCUGUUUGCAUUGAUCAUCUUUUACCUACGGUGGGCUAAAUGCUUUUUCUCACGGCCUAUGCGAUAGUUUUCCUUAAUACAAUUGUCAUCUGCUGAUGGAUAAACUUCCAGUUAUCUAGUUGUUGCUGUAUUACACAUUUGAUUCACCGUAAUUGGUCGUGUUCUAAGCCUUCUAGUAACAUGUUCUCACUAAUGGAGUAGUGAAAGUUCACGUGGUGUUUUGAAUGCAACUGGUUAUUCUGCAGAUGACAUUAUUCGUGUAGACAGUAGUGUAAGGUAUCGCCCUCUAUGGUUAAUUAUUAGCUAAGAACGUCUUUUAGUUCAUUAGACACCGUAUUAACAUCAAUGAAAAGAUUUUUUCUCAUUUUAUCGCAGAAAAAAAAUAUCUUUCGCGUAAAAAUAUAGUGCAACAACUUUUUCUACACAAAUAUUCUUUCCAGAGGGUACCCAACCAAGUUGAAAAAUGGGGGGUGACAAGCACCCCCUACAAUGAAAAUUCCAGGGGGUGGGGGUCUAAAGCCAAAGCGCCCUCCCUGGGGGGGGGAGGGUUAUGGAUAUUUUUUAGGACUACACAAUGUCAUCUUACCCCUGAAUUUGUCUUUCCAUUUGAAGCCAAACCUGGGUGCCCCGUGGUACCUAAGGGUUUCGAAGAUAAUCAGCCUGAGCCAGUAAAGCAGGUUAUACGAGAAAUCCAACAGAGAUGUUCAAGAGGCCGCAAUCGUUCGCUGCUGGUAGCCUCCCGCUCAUGGCUUUCCUGCAUUACGAAAGCUGAGAAUUACAGUGAAGAGGCUGAUGGCAUUAUCUGUGACCUGUUGCUGUUUGAUCAAGAGCUCGGGGGACUCCACCUCUUCACCCUUUGCACCAGUGGAACAGAAACACAGUCGCUAUCUUACGCCCACGCUACAGCUAAGGUCAUAAAGAGAGCUCUUGUGGUUGAUGGCGGCUGCUACAAGAAGUUCUACAUCACCUACCACUUGGUAUCUUGUACUGCAACGUCGGCUCUGCCGCUGGAUGGAUUAUCUCUAGAUGAUCGAUACCCUGUUGAUUAUCAGCUGGAAUCUCCUCGAGGAAAAGUCAAGGAAAUUCUGAAAUCGCUUGUUAUCGUAUUGGGAAAGGUCCCGUCGGUCCUAUCCAAUAAACAGGGUAUCAGCUUCUUUAAUCUUUUGACCGUGGAACAAUUCCAGCUCCUCCACCAUGAGAUUGAAAGGCACAAGGAACUUUGGAUAAAGGGUGCAGCUGGUACCGGCAAGACCCUUGUGGCAGUGGAGUUUAUUAAAGAGCUCAGACGUCGCGAUCCAACGCUCACAAAAUGGAAUAUAGUAUAUGUAUGUGAGAACCUGGGAUUGAGACGGAAAAUAAGGUAAUUUCACUAACCUUAUGUGUAAAAAGUAUAUUUCACUUUUUAGUAUUUGCUGUUCCAGUGUUACCAACUAGAGAGUCAGGCCGCUUUGUAUGAUUAAGGACAUUACGAAACUACUGCGGCGGCGGCAAAGGGAACGUUUAAUGUGCUUUUUGUAAAUCUCUUUGUCAUGAUUCCUGUACAACUACGAUGUGAAAAGGACAUAUUUUAUGUUUAGUUAGAAUGGAAAAGCUAAAUUUCCCUUCUUUUGAGUUGCUGGGCGACAUGAAAUAAACGCGAAGAAAUUCGAAAGGAUUCAAAGGCUAUUAUUCAACGACCGGGUCGCAAAUUGUCGGAUCGUAAGGUCCCUAUAGCUAGUAUCAUCCAUCAAACGGCUCAAUGCACAGUCCGUUGAAAGAGUUUUUCAUAUCUGAUAGAUCAGGGGAAUUGCACGUGUAUCUUAAAAUGAAUUGACCCACCCGUAAUCAAGAGGGGUUUGUAUUAGGCCCUGUCCACACGUAUCUGUUUUUGUUUCACUAAAAACAGAUAUUUCUUCUCCAGUUUGACCUUCCGUCAACACGUACCCGGUGAAAACUGUGGACGGGCGUAAACGAAAGUUUUCCAAUACGAUGAUAAUGUCAUACAUUAUACGGCGCAUGCCCUGUAAGGAAUACUAUCGUAUUUCCAUCUUUUUAGCGUUUUCGUAUGGACAGGCAAAUUUUAUUCGAAUACGCGACGUGCCACGCGUAUUUUUAGAAAACGAAGAAAAAAAAUCCCCGUGUUCAAUAAUAUCCGGUUCCAUGUGGACCAGGACAUGUGUACUCAUAUGUCAAAUUCCUGACCCGUAACUGGCCAAAUUUAAAUCUCUCUCUUUUUCUUGUUUUUUUUUUUCAGUAAACUAGGCAUUUGUCAGUGCGUAUGCCGUCGAUCCUUCAUGAUGAUGUCAUUUCCUGACGUGUAUCAUGUCGUGCUGGAUGAAGUCCAGAAUUAUAGAAGCGAAGAUGGGGAUUGGUUGGAGAUGGCCAGAUCACUUGUUCUUCAGCACUGCCCAAAUUCUAAACACGACUCCGGCAUCGUCUCAGAUUACGAUUCUAAACUGGACUACAGUUCAUCUGAUUCGGACUCUGAAAUGGAUUUCGAUCCCACUUCUUGCAAUCCUCCCAAUGCAGAAUCUUCUAUCCAGUUGAAGAAUGACGAAGACGAGGGUUGCACACGUGACACCCCCUCUGAGAGUGACUCUGGCUCCGAAAUAGACCCCUUUGAAUGCCGAGUCUCAAAACCUAGUGACACCGACCGUGUCAAUUCAGGUCCAGGCUAUUUGUGGAUUUUCAUCGAUAAGAAUCAAGUAAAUCACAGCUACCCUACUGGCAUCCCAGGUGAGAUUCACCAGCAUCCUUCUUUCUAUUUGACCAAAGUAAUUAGAAAUUCGAAACAAAUUUCCAACUGGGCCAAAAGCUAUUUAAGUGACCAUUCUGCCCGCCAAAUUGAAAUGGGACACGAUUUUGAUGGAGAAAAACCCAUUUUCAAGAGGUACUCAAGAGGUGAGGAAAUGGCCGCCUUGAAAGAAGUGGUUCUAUCGCUGUUUAAAGAAGGCUACAGUGAAAGGGACAUAGCCAUUUUAUAUAGCAAGGAAGACUGCAUUCCCAAAAGACAAGAUCUCUGCAGCCAGAUGCGUCUUCCUGAAGUUGUGGAUGCUGAAGGGAAUGAUUCUGAAUGCGUCCUUGUUAGUACUUUCCGCAAGUACAGUGGUUUGGAACGACCAGUUGUUAUUCUGGUGAACAUCACCGCAUCGCUGCCUUAUCGAAGCUCACCUGCAGCUUCGAUCUACUGUGCGAUAACUCGAGCAAUGGUGAAAGUAGUUUCCCUGGAAGAAAGAAAGGAAAGGAAAAGGAAACACCAGCGUAAUUAG